AUGUUAGAUAAUGCGAUUACCUGCGUUGAAUUUGAUGAAUCCGGGGACUAUCUCGCCGCUGGUGAUAAAGCUGGUCGCGUAUAUGUUUUCAAUGGAUCUGGAGAGGAACCGUUCUACGGAAUGUUUUGUGCCUUCACAAGUCACGAAUCUGAAUUCGACUACUUAAAGUCACUCGAAAUUGAAGAAAAGAUAAACUCUAUCAUGUGGCUUCCUAUUUGUAAUAAUUCACUUCAAUUACUCACAACUAAUGACAAGGUUAUUAAAUUAUGGCGUAUGUCGGAACAAUCUCCAACCGCAUACAAUUUCAAUUUUCGUAAGACUCAGAGAGAUGACCAAAGUUGCGACGACGAAUGUCCGUUAUCUGGAUCAUCAAGCAAUGGUGAUCCUUCUCCAACCUCUGAAAAUAACGAUGUUUAUUCUUCCCUUAAAAGUGCUGCUUCCUUAAAUUCACUUCGAAUUCCUCGCUACCAAAAACGAAAAAAUCUUACCAUUGAAGUUCGAUCCAGAAAAAUCUACCCCAAUGCUCAUACCUAUCAUAUCAAUUCUCUCUCCCUUAGUUCUGACCAGGAAACUUUCCUUUCUGCCGAUGACCUUCGCAUCAAUUUAUGGCAUAUUAACCACAAUGAACAAUCUCUCCAAUUUGUUGACAUAAAGCCGGAAAAUAUGGAAGAUUUGAAUGAGGUUAUAACAUGUACUCGAUUCCAUCCAGAACUCUGUAAUAUUCUCGGUUAUUCAACUAGUCGCGGAGUUGUUCGCCUUUGUGAUACACGUGUCAAAGCCGUCUGUGAUGAACCUGCCCUUUGUCUAAAUGAUCCCUCUUUGUCUGGUUAUCGAGGAUUCUUUUGUGACAUAAUUUCAAGUCUCUCGGACUUCCAUUUCGAUCACUCCAGAAACUGUGUGCUCGCAAGGGAUUACCUUAAUUUGAAAGUGUGGGAUAUGCGAAAAGGUGAUCGGCCGUGUGAAGUUUACUCCGUGCACGACCCUUUGAAAACACAAUUGGUCAACCUAUACGAAUCGGAUGCCAUAUUUGAUAAAUUCCUGUGUUCUUGGUCGCAUGAUGAUCGGUACCUUUUCACCGGUUCUUACGGGAAUGUAAUGCGUAUUGUGGAUCGUCAGCAGGGCUCUGACUGGACCUAUGAUCUAGGAGAUCCCGAGGCCCUUCCACUCGAAUCCAUUAUCCAGCCUGAUGGUGUUAAUGUGUCCUUCCCCACCCUAACCCCCGGCAGACCUCUUCGUUCCCAUCGUCUCCAGCCUAAAUGCUUUAUUCCCCUCGAUUCCGAAGUUGCCAAACGUUUUCAUCUUAAAAGCCUCUGUCUGGCUAAUGCCUCAUCACUUGAGGCUCUCAAUAAUUCCACUUCGUCUGUUUCUCAUGCAACGAAAACGGAAAACCAACCGUCCACUGAUUCGCCUGUUGCCGUCGGCUCUAAAAGGCGCAAGCAGACUCUCCUUCCAAUUCGAAGGACGACCAAUGACGUCGAGCAGCAAGCUCAGGACGAUGAGGAUGGUGAUGGCGAUCCAAAUUCUGAUGAUGACGAAGAAGACGAUUUUGAAUUUGUAGAUGAGGAAGAUGAUAAUCAGUUUUUGGACAAUAUAGCGAAUGGUAUUCAACACUAUCGCCACUCGCAUUGUCGUAAAGUUAAUGGUAUGUCAGAGAGGUCUCUUCUCCCAGGUCUUCAAGAAGUGGACUUCAAGAAGCGAUUCCUUCAAGUUGCUUGGCAUCCACGUCGUGGAAUUCUUGUUGGUGUUAGUGGGAAGGAGAUGUUCUUUAUAUCUGAAGGUUCUGAGUCCUUACCAUCAGAUUGUGAUGCGGAAGAGAGAGAGAAAUUGGAGGAGGAGGAAGAAGCUGCACUGGACAGUACUAAUCAAGAUACUUCUUUGUCCUCUCAGCCUUGUCCUAAGAGGCCUUGUCUUAGGGAAGAUGAAGGAGAGGAAGAAAUUGCGCUUGUGGAGCUGCCACCAUCCCCUUCCCAAGAAUUUCUAUUGGUUGAAAAUGUAACGUCAGAAGAACCUUCUACUGAUGGCGCAUCUAAGAUGGAUUUGGAAUAA